CAAGAAUGUGAAAAGAGUCGUUUGAGUUGUUUGUUCAUAGUGUUUGAAGCUUUUUUUUCCGUUGAGGCAAAAUUUGGACGAUGAUCUGGACAACACAAAAUCACAAGAUGUCUCCUGAGACCAGGUCUUGGACGAUGAAGAAGUGGGUGUUGGGGGUGGUGGCGGCUGCGUUCACCGUCUCUGCGUUCGCUGGCUACUACUUCAUGAGCGAAAAGGACUACGAGGUGUACAGUACGGUGACUUUCGAGGAUCGCCUGAAAGAGCUUUGCGCUUCGCCGAAGUUGCCGAUGCCAGAAUACCGCGGCGUCAAGAGCUUCUUCGACUUCCUCACUAAUACCGACGCAGAUCACUGCUACUCGUGGGUUGAAUUCGGCGGAGAAAAGAUACCAAUACCAUCUCAGAGCGAAAAAGAAUGUGCCGACGAAGUGCGGAAGUCGAAGUAUAUUUGCUUCAACGACGAGUACAAGAUGACCCACGACCCAUGCGUCAUCUACAGCUUCGGCCAGGACGCCGACACCCAGUUCGAGCGAGAUAUGGACAUGUUUAGCUGUGAGGUCCAUUCCUUCGAUUUGGAGAAGGUAAAACACGAGCACGUGCACCGAACCGAAUUCUGGAAGGAACACUCCUGGACCAUCGGGGAAUUCCCUUACGACAAGCCCCUGGAGGACGGGACGUUCGAACAGCGUCGAUCGCUCGACUACAUCACCAAGGCACUGGGCCACACAGGUCGAGAAAUUAAGUACAUCAAAAGUGACCUCGAGGGUAGGGAAUGGAUCCUCCUCCGCCAGAUCGUUACGCAUUCGGAUCUCAUUGAUAUCCGGCAGGCGGGCCUCAGAAUGCACAUCCCUUUGUCCGUCAACCAGAUGACCGGGGAAGCACGCCAUGAGUAUUUUGCUAGGCUUUUCAAGGUAUUCCAGGGAAUGAGUUGCGCCGGCUACAAAUACGUCUUGGGUCGUCCCAUCAAGUACUACAAAGGCAUAAUUAAAGUGCCCGAGAUGUCUAAUACAACUUUUUUCCCUGCUUAUGAGAUCAAUUGGGCUAAAGUCAUCAACUAAUGAAAAGCUAAGAUACUGAAGCAACAGAACUUAUGAAUGAUUGUAAAGACUGUGUAUUUUUUUUAAAUCUUAGUUUAGUUAAACUAAGACCCUGGUGAUAUUUUUUUAUACAGUGCCAAGAGAAAUGUCAGUUGUAAAUAACAGUAGGAGUAGUUGUAUAACUUAAAUUAACAUUACACAGUAUAAUUGUAUUUGUUGUGGAAAAUGACGUGUACAUACGGAAUAAAUUCAAUCAUAAACGUUUGUAUGCCCUCACAUUUCAUUUCAAUAAAGACU